CAGGGCUGUCACUGAUUUGUUCACAACACAGGCAGCUGUAAUAUGAAAUAAUGAGCUGAUUAUAAACUCAGGUAAAGCGAGAGCAGGUUUGGAGCUGGAGGAAGUCGGCUGCUUUUUCAGACAUGUGGGUUUUCGGUUACGGAUCACUUAUUUGGAAAGUUGACUUUCCUUUCGAGGAGAAACGAGUCGGUUUCAUUAAAGGUUUCAGUCGCCGGUUCUGGCAGGGAAGCACUGAUCACCGUGGGGUCCCUGGGAAGCCUGGACGUGUUGUGACGUUAAUUGAAGAUCCAGAGGGCUGUGUUUGGGGUGUUGCUUACAAACUUCCAUCAGGCAGAGAGAAUGAGGUGAAGGAGUAUCUGGACUACAGAGAGAAAGGUGGAUACAGAGUGAUGAAAGUUACAUUUUAUCCUAAAGAAGAGGAACAUGAGCCCAUCCAUGACACACUACUCUACGUUGGAUCCUGUGACAACCCAAACUACCUUGGACCAGCACCUCUGGAACUGAUCGCACAGCAGAUUGUAGGGUCAGUUGGACCCAGUGGAAAAAACACAGAGUAUUUAUUUGAGCUGGCUGAUGCACUCAGGGAGCUGAUACCUGAAGACACAGAUGAUCACCUGUUCUCCUUGGAGCGCUUGGUCAAGGAACGUCUACAGGAAACUGCAGUGAUGCACCCUCGUAAUGAUCACUAAAUUAGAUGUUUGUUUUCACGUGUGAGGGACAUCCCUCUGAGGGAUGAGGGACAUCCCUCUGGUUACUGAAGAUGUUUACAUUUGAGUUAUCACCUCAACGAGGCCACAUUCCAUUUUCAGUUAUUGACUACAUGCACACAUACUCAGCUAAAGUUCCCAUCUUUCUAGCAUGUACAAAGUUAACGGCUGAAACAGGGGCCUUUUGUUCUUUCUCCCAAAUCUGACACAGAAUUUACUGUAAAUGCACAUAAUUAUGUAAAAUCAUAUUUUAAAUUUCCACAACACAACAUACAUGGGUAGCUCAUAUAUAAUCACUAAUGUAAUUGCAGGUUAUUAAAAUCUCAGGUUUUAUUUAAUUUUUGUUUCUCUAUUAUAUCAUCAAAUAAUUUAAGUGGGUAUGGAUUUUGUUUAUAUUCAUGCAACAACAAAAAUUCCCUGAAAAUGGGAAAAUUAUAAACAAGUGUAAGUUAUUCUGAUAAUGACCAUUGGUCUCUUAUAAUAAAACAUUUAGAACAGCAUGUAAUUGGCCAUUUAAUCUAUUCAAAGCUUGCAAGAACAAUAUCUAGAUUAUGAUCUCUGCUGUAGGAAAGACCCGUAAUAUUUAGCACAGAACAGAACAUUUAAAGUGGUAAAACUGGGUAAGGCUUCAAUGGGAAAUGAGACACAAAAUAACCAACCAAAGAACAGCUUUUUUUUUUUUUUUUAAAAACAUUUAUUGGCAUAUUCUUAGUUAAAACAAGCAAUCAGUACACCUAAAAAAA